UCAUUAUAUUUGCACACUGCUUAUGUGAGCCAAACAUCACCAUGACAACAAAUCGUUUGUCUCUUGUUUGAUGCUCAGUUUUCAACAGAAUUGAAGAGGCACUUUAUGAGAGAAACGAAGUGGACGGAUUGUUUUUAAAGUAAUAAACGGAAAUUCUAUCCAUCGAGAAACGAUAGAUGAUUUAAAACUACCACCAUGAACGGUGAUUUGUCGAUGCAAUCUAGUACGAAUAAGAUAUUUUAUAAUCUGCGGAAGGAGGAGGAGAGUCGCAUUUCGGAACGUCAUCGGUACAUAUUAUACCUUAUAUGUGAUUAUUUGGAACGCAAUGGGUAUAUAGACGUUAGCGAUGUAUUAUUCCGGGAAGCUCGUCUACCUCUGGAGUAUCGAAUCUGCGACAACAUCGAUUUGGAAAUUAUUGUUGCAGAGUAUGAAAAUUAUUACAAGAUGAAAUUUCAGAAAUAUCCCAUGUUGUGCAAGAAAAUAACUGGAAAGGAAAUAAAGACAAGGGAAAUAACAAAUGCAAGCAAAGUUAAGACAAAGGUCAAAUCUGUUAGCAAACAAACGAAAAGUGAGUCUGUGAAGGAGAAGAAUUUACAGCAGAAAAUAACUGAUAACAAUACGAACCAUAUUAAUCUCGCAAUGACAGUGACACCAAUUUUCCCCAAUGAAAGUGAUAGAGCUCCAUCAGAAGAGUUAUUUAACGUCCCAAUGGAACAAUCCAGGCAAUCGAAGAUAUCGAAUUGCAUUGAAAAGCUUUAUUCAGACAAUCCGGAAUUGCGGAAGAUUGCUGAAGACAUUUCAUGCGAGAUCAUAUUGAACAAACUGAAUGUACAUUGGGACGACGUAGUAGGCCUAGAGGAAUGUAAAACCGCUGUUAAGGAGGCCGUUGUGUAUCCCCUUAAGUAUCCUAUCUUUUUUGAUGGCCCGUUUUCUCCCUGGAAAGGUAUUCUGCUGUAUGGCCCACCUGGUACAGGGAAGACGAUGUUAGCGAAGGCAGUCGCGACAGAAUGCCAUUGCACCUUUUUUAACAUAACGGCCAGUUCAUUGGUGAGCAAAUGGAGAGGUGAUUCCGAGAAGUAUAUACGUGUUUUAUUUGAACUUGCCUAUAGUCAUUCGCCUACAAUUAUUUUUAUCGACGAGAUUGACUGGAUAGCCACAAAUAAAGGAGACUGUACAUUGUCUGAACCUGCAAAGAGAUUCAGAUCAGAACUUCUUUCUAGAUUGGAUGGAUUAGUAUCUAACGAAAAUUCUAAUGUAGUUCUUCUAGCUGCAACUAAUUCCCCUUGGGGCAUUGAUGCAGCUUUACUCAGACGUCUCGAAAAACAAAUAUACGUAUCAUUACCCAAUGAAGUUGCUCGACUUGGUAUAUUCAAAUUAUACCUUAGCAACCACUUAUUAGAAAAUACAGAUAUUGUAAACCACAUAAUAAAAUGUACUGAAAAAUAUUCUUGCGCAGAUAUAAAAUUGCUUUGUAAGCAAGCAUGGCUGCUAGAAAUAAGUCCAAUAUGGAGGAGACUUGAAAAAAAAGAAACAUCUGUUACCACUUUGAAAUAUGAAUUAAAGGAUUAUGAGAUAUUAGAAAAAUUGAUAAAAAAAAUGUCACCUACAGUUAUGCAAAUAGAUAAAUAUGAUACGUGGAAUAAAUAAAUACGUAAUCGAAAGAACACAUAUUGAAAAAUAUAUAUGUAUUAUCGCUCGAAAAAUUGUUCAUGUGUGUGUGCACGUAUAUUCGCGCACGCUCUGUAGGCUACGUUUAAAAUGUCCGGUUUACAUAUGUAUGUGGUAAAUGUAAUAU